AUGGCUCCUCGUAAAUGGACAACAUCUGAGCAGGAGGCGUGGCUUGAACCGUGGUACCAAAAGUUCGCCGAACAGCAGAGUGACAAGAGUAGAAACCACCAAAACUUCUUUGCGGACCUUUAUGAAAAAUGGAUAGUGCAAUUCACACACGAAAAGCCCGGGACAAAGGCGGGGCAACAAGCGAAAGCCAAUGCUAACGACGUCUUUGACGCUGUUGUGCGGAAGAUAACUGAAUGUGAAAAACCUACACGAAUGCUUCAGGAACACGAAGCUUAUUCCAAGUUGUACUAUGCUGAUCGUGUUCAGAAAUCCAUCCAAGAGACGCUCAAGGUUGCACAAGCAACACAAUCACUCACCAAUGGUCAGCGAGUAGCACUAUUGAAAAAAGAGACCGCUACUCUGUAUGCAGGGGAGUCCGAGGAGAUCAAGGCUAAAGUGAGGGAGUACAUCCAUGCACAGAAGGAAGAGCGCGGUAAGGAAAAAGCCGAGCCUUGGAGUGAUGAAGAUCAGCAACGGAAUCUUACCAAACUGGCCACCAUUGCGAAUCAAUUCCUCAAAGGCCUCGCUGAUGCCACUGGUCUAUCCUUCAGCCUUCUCGUUGGAGGUCCAUCUGCCGAGUUAGGUGGAAUGAUUGAUGUCUGGAGCUUCCAUGUUGGAAUGACGAAGCUGGGCAAUAAUUUUAGUCAGGCUUACCCUAAAUUUGAGAGCGAGAUAGUGGGACCAUUUCGAGAUUAUCUGUAUUCGGAGGCCGCAAUACUGAAAGAUCAGAAGAUGGGGGGAGCAAGCAGCUCCAGAUCAUCAUGGGGAGACAGCGUGUGUGAUGAGAAUCAAUCGUCAUAUCCUGUGAUGGAUGAGCUGUCCAAGUGGGAUAAAUCUUUGUCAGGCACGUUGGGAUUGCUGGAUAUAUCCGAGUUUCCUUCUUCGUCAAAUGCUCCCACACUGUCAACGCUGCCUUUCAGUUCUGACAAUAUCAUCUCUGGCAACAAUCAACCAAACUGGCAGCUGGCCGACGAUGGGCUUGACGACUUCCUAGAGACAUUGGCCCAGAAUCUGCCUAUGUCAACUGUUGACUACUUGAUGUCACAUGUUCCACCUUCGGCUGAGACACCUUCCGUUCCGGUUCCGGCUGUGGUUGAAACACCCUACUGUCCCCUUCUGCCAGUUUUCCCCCGUUCUGUCCAUGGUGCUUAUGUUGACACACCCGAGCCAUCUGAUGGUAUUCCCCCAGCUGAUUCACUUCCUAGUGGAUUUGCGCAUCCCACCGCACACCUUCCUGGAAAUGAGGAGCCCAACAGCAACAGGCCAGACGCACUCCCUCCAUCUUCGAUGGCAGAAGACCAUACAGAGGACUCGUCUCCUCCUACCACCUCGUCCCACACUUCUGCUUCAGCAAAUGUUGUGAAUGAGGCUCAAGCGAAUGAGGUUCAAACAGCCGAGGUUCAAACAGCCAAGGGAGACGACAACAGUGGACUCCGUAGAACAAGGCGCGCACACAUCCCAUCUACACGCAACAGCAUCACCAACUCAAUCGGCAACAAUUGCAAGGAGAACGCAGUGUUGAAUCUGGCUUCAAAAUGCAGCCAUAACACUGAUUCAUCCGCUCGUGUGGGCCAGCAAGCGAAAAGGCCUAGAGUGUGA